AUGGCGAUCGGCGCACUGUUACAGCCCUGGAGCUUGCUCGGUUUUCUUGCGGCGCUCAUGGCCCUCUGGUGGGCGUGCCGCGUGCUGGAGUCGACCCUAAUCGUCCCGCGGAGGCUGGGUCGGGCCCUGCAGUCCCAGGGCCUCCGUGGCACCACGUACCGCUUCCCGUUCGGCGACCUCAAGGAGUUAGCGCGAUUGGCCAUGGCUGCCCGGGCCAAGCCCAUGCCGCUCUCGCACGACAUCACGCCGCGCGUGAAUCGCCUCUACUACAACGUCAUCAGGGAACAUGGUAAAAUUUCCGUUACCUGGCUCGGUCCGACGCCGAGGGUGAUCGUGAACGACCCCAAGCUGGUGCGGGAGAUCAUGGCCAACAAGUUUGGUCACUUCCAGAAACGCAAGCACACCGGCAUCGUCAGACGGCUCUCCAACGGGCUGGUGAACCACGAGGGUGAGAAAUGGGCCGCGCACCGCAAGAUCGUCAACCCGGCCUUUCACCUCGAGAAGCUCAACGUAAGAACGUACUCCUACAUCUGGAGAUUGCAGUUGCAGUUGCAGUUGCACAUGAUCGAUUUACGUGUUCUUGUUGAUAUGGUGAAUUUCUUCAGAUUCCUGCCAACACAGCUAAACAGAAGGAUAAAGGCAAAUGCGCGAGAGCUCCAGGCGCUUCUGAGAGGCAUCGUCAGCAAGCGGGAGAGGGCCAUGAAAGAAGGCCGUGCCAACAACGACGACCUGCUCGGCCUGAUGAUGGAAUCCAACAUUGCCGAGACCAAACAGGCCGGGAACUCCAAGCCAAUCAUGACCAUGGACGACAUCAUCGGGGAGCUGAAGCUGUUCUACUUCGCCGGGAUGGACACCACCGCUGUGCUGCUCACGUGGACGAUGGUCCUCCUGAGUGUGCACCCGGAGUGGCAGCACCGAGCGAGGGAGGAAGUUCAAAGUGUCUUGGGAGACAACCAGCCGGACUUGGACGGCAUACAGCAGCUGAAAAUCGUCAGUACUCGCUCGCCGGCCUGUGCUCUGCUCUGCUCCCACGACUUCUCACGGAAAUGGAAGUCUGACACGGUCGUUUCUGUCCUUGUUUGGUCCUUGCAGGUGACCAUGAUACUGUACGAGGUUCUCAGGCUGUACCCGCCAGUGGUGCAACUGGAUCGGCAGACGUACAAGGAGGUGGAGCUGGGCGGCGUCACGUACCCGCCUGGGGUGCUACUCUCGCUACCGAUCGUCUUCAUUCACCACGACAAGGAUGUGUGGGGAGAGGACGCCGACGAGUUCAGACCGGAGAGGUUCAAGGACGGCAUCUCCAGGGCGUCCAAGGACUCGCCGGCAUUCUUCCCGUUCGGCUGGGGUCCAAGGAUCUGCGUGGGCCAGAGCUUCGCGCUGGUCGAGGCCAAGAUGGCGCUCAGCAGCAUCCUGCAGCACUUCUCCUUCGGUCUCUCGCAGUCCUACACUCACGCACCGUUCCCGGUGUCCACUUUGCAGCCGGAACACGGGGCGCAUAUCAUGCUCAAGAAACUCUAG